AUGGGAUACCCGGACCUAGCGACGGCUAUGGUUGAUGACCUUGAUCGCUUAGAGCAUGAGUUUCAGAUGCUUCAUGAGCUCCGGGAUGCAGGAGACGACUGCUCUCCGCUCGCCCGCGCUCCCCGCGAUCCGACGACAGCGCCACCGGCGGUGACGACGAAGUCAAAGACGAGGAAGCCAAUCCUCGAUCGCCGCAGGAUCGCGAGGAAUCUCUCUCCCUUUGCCUCCGGCGCCGUCGGGAACCAGGUCGGCGGCCCCUGCGUCGUCGUCUCCUUCCUCCUCUUAGUCGUCCUCGUGCUCGCUUCGGUCGUCUUCUCUCGCUCUCGAUCCGAUCCUUGCGUGUCGCGCUACGAAUCUUUGCCUAGGGCUAGCUUCUUGAGUGGAGAUCUUGAAGGCCUUGCUUCUGAUUUUGGAUCGCUCGGUGUGCCUUGGUGCAGAUCGAAACAUGGGAAGAAAGUCAAGUGGACCUCAAAGGAUUUGCUUAAAGCUUUGGAGGAGUUUGUUCCAAUCUAUGAGACGCGUCCUAUCAAAAACAAUAUGUAUGGGAUGGGCUUCGAUCACAGUUUUGGUCUGUGGUUCAUGACACGCUGGCUCCAACCGGAGCUGAUGAUAGAGAGUGGGGCUUUCAAGGGGCAUUCUACUUGGGUUUUGAGACAGGCCAUGCCUGAGACAAGGAUCAUAUCAAUUACACCUCGUCACCCAGAAAAGUAUCUCAAGAAGGGACCUGCUUAUGUUGAUGGGAACUGCACUUACUUUGCUGGCAAGGAUUUUGUGGAUUUUGGGAGCAUGGAUUGGAAAAGUAUUUUGAAGAAACAUGGGAUUUCUGAUCUCAGCAAGGUGGUUGUUUUCUUCGAUGAUCACCAGAACGAACUGAAGAGAUUGAAACAAGCAUUAAAAGCUGGCUUACAGCAUCUCAUUUUCGAGGACAACUAUGACACUGGUACUGGAGAUCAUUAUUCCUUGCGGCAGAUAUGUGAUCAAUUCUACAUUAGAGGUGGUGGUCAUAGUUGCUUCAGAGAUGGCGAUGAAGCUAGAAUAAGGAUGAAAAGGAAAAAGUUUUGGGAGAAGGCUGUGGAUGUAGACGAACUAUGUGGGAAGGGGGAAGCAUGGUGGGGUGUUCGAGGACAUAUGCGUGAUGAUUUUAACCACGGUAAUAAGCCGAUCUCCUACUCGGAACAUUUUCAGAACAGCAGGUUUGUGGAAUCAGUAUUAGAUGUGUAUUGGGAACUCCGCGGCAGUGGCAGUCGCCUCUAA